CAGCGUUCGAACGAAGUAAACAAACAAGGGCAGACUGAUUUGCUUUGCUCCAGGGCACGAGUCACGACACGAUCUGUGGCUUUGGUGUAUAAACCGAGGCAUUAAACCAACCAAUCUUUGCUAAUUCGUAGACGGGAGAAUUGAAACAAUGGGUGUAGGCUUCCUUGUUGGUGUACUUGGAGUUGUGAUUCUCGCACAUGCAGCUUAUGCAACCGUUCAAUAUAGGGGUUUGCUGAAAAUUAUGGAAGAAGAGUUCUCAGGACCUCCUUUCAAUGUGGUGAUUGAGUUGCUUUUAGGGUUAUUGCUAUGUAUGUGGGCAGCGCUGACGGUGCCAGGGAAGUUUCUAUCAAUUCAUCCCGAUUCUGAUGAUAAUAGAAUGGUUUCUCUACCAGGCAACUUGGAAUACAUGAUCUUCAACCAUCGUGGGAAAGCUUUUCCUUCAGAUUUGAAUUUGAAGCUGAAACAUUGAGGCUGUUUCAUUUGGAUUAAAGAAAUUUUCCAGAGGCUUAUAUUAUAAGUUCCCUAGUUUUCAGGUACUUGUAGUUGAAAAGAUGAAGUGAGGAUAAACAAUUGAAAAUAUCCGAUUUCUUGACUUGUUCUAGUUGAUUGGAUGAUGUAGGAUAUCUGCACUUUGAAUUGUUUAGCUGUUUACCCGUUCAUGGCAAAUUAAAAGUUCUCUGUUUAUUACUAGAAAUUUAAUUAUUUCCCUUACCGACAUAGAAAGAUAUUUUAGUCUGCACCAAGCCCAGUGAGCUUGAGUCUUGAGGUCUGUUAAACAUGAAUGGUCAAGUUGCUCAAAAUGCUGUGAAUCGCAUUUGUAUUUUGGAUUUUAUUCUCUCUAAGUGGUAUAUAACUUUCGUAAUGAAGGAUCAUAGUUAUCUUC